AUGAUUGUUGUUCAAUCACAUUCUAGUUCACCUGGAGUGAUCAUUUCGUAUAAUGAUGGAGCCCUCACCAAAGGAAUCCUCUACCAAUCCCAACUCAACCAAAAUUACCAAAGUUCAACCUAUGAUCCUGUAGGUCGAGUCAUCUAUGUCUUUUCUGUACCAAGUGAUUCACACGAUGUCACUGUCACUAGAGUCUCUUUAGAUGGCAAGACCGCGCAAUCGACCACCUUGAACAAAUCUGAUCCAAUUCUCCUCUGCGGUGCUGUAUUUGGAGUUGAUGAUGGCAAUAUCCAUGGUCUUGCCUUUUUCAAGGGAGAAUAA